AUGAAUGCCGACGCCAACAGGAACACCACGAGCAUAAGCUCCUCGACGAAUAGCGACGCCGUCGACGGCGAAGCGUCGUCACCUGUUGCUGCUGUUCCACGAAAACAGCUCCAGCACGAUUCAGCUUCCUUUCUGAGAGAAAAUGUGAAGGCAGAAAUCAAUAAGCAGGUAGUUCGUCACAAACUUGCCAAGCUCCGUCAUUUGGUUAUCCCUCAAGCCAUCAACGCAGCGUAUUUGGACAGUCUCUUCCCGGACUUGCUCCAAUCGUUCGACCCUCAAACGGUGACCUACAAUGGUGGUGUCGCCAACGUGACCAAUUGGAAAAUAUCGUGCUACCUUGAAGUGAUGGAAGGAGGAAUUCCUUGUACAACGCCCAACGAAACUCUAUUGGAACUGUUCCGACCAGUGCUCAACACGUGCAAUGAUUUGUUUCUCCACUGGUACCGACAACAACACGCUUGCAACGCCCGGGCUAGGCGAUGGACCAGCUCGGUGGCAGAAAAUGCCCCAUCUAUGCAAAGUUGCUACCGACUCAUGACUUUCGUUACACGUUACACACCCAAUCCAGGCGAACAAGCCUUGCUCAAGCACGUCGACGGUGCGGGGAAGGUGGACGGAUCCGUCGUGCUGGCCUUGCCCAUCGACAAAUGGUCGGCGCCGGAAGAGGUAAACACCUUUGUCGGUGGGGGUCUCACCUUUUGGGACGGCAAAAAUAAUGCAAAUAGUACGCAGGAUGCGUCGACCCAGCCUCGCGAAAUCCACUACGACACGCGUUCCGGUGAUCUAGCCUUUAUUGAUCGCUCCGACGAGACAGCAAGAAAACGUUAUCUUUCGCCGACUUCACAAGGUUUCAACACUGUGGUCUGUUUUUCUGACUCAUUGUCCAUGAUUCGUAGAGCCGUUUGGCAUCAAGCAGAUCCGAUUACUAAGGGAACGCGUUGGGCACUCGUGAUCUUUUACAAAGUGUUGUAA